ACUUGACAUAUAAUACAUAAAAAAUAAUUUUAGUGCAGCGUGGCUUUGACAAUUGUGCAACAAAAUUAAUGUACGGAAACAGUGUGAUUUUUAACAAAUAUCAGUAAAAAGUAGUAGUAUAGUUACAUAUUGUUUAAUAUCAAAUUUUAGUGGAAACUUUUAUUGAGGAUAACAUAAUAAUUAUUUUUAAGGUGUAAGAUCGAACAUUCCAACAUAUUUUUUAAUUAAAAAUGCCAGAAUUACCACGAAUUACAAGAUCUUUGCGUAUGUUUACAAACCUUGGACGUAUUAAAAGUACAAGGGAACUACAACCAAAUGAUUUAUUUAAAAAAGAAGAAGAAUAUAAAAAAUUAAAAAGUGAAUUUAACUGGCAAGAUUUAUGCAGACAUGUACCCAAAGAUGCUUUACAUCAUGUUAAUAAACUACGUCAAAUUGCUGUAAAAACGUUUGGAGAAUGUCCUUAUGAACUCAUAGAUGAAUUUUUAUUGUUUACUCUACAAUUACUAAUCAAUGACAAGUUGUUAACUAAUGAAAAAUUCACAAUUUUAAAAAGGAAAGCUGCAAAUUUAACAUUUCAAGAUGCUCAGAAUAUGGUGGAGAUAAUUAGAAUAAUUCGAGAAAGAUUAAAAGAAAGUAUUUUAGUACUCAUAGAAAAUAGAGAAACAGAUGCUGAUAAUAUUGAAAUAUCAGAAAGUAAGUUGUUUGGCUCAAAAAUUGAAUAUAAACCUGCAAGAGUAUUGUGGCCAGAUACUGAAACACUUCGCAGUAUGUCUUUAGAAAAUAUUAUUCAAAGUACUGACAAUUUUUCGAUGAAAUAUAGAAAUGAAGAUACAAAUCUGUCUAAAACAAAAUUUGAUAAGGCAAUAUAUAAACAAAAUUUGGAGUCAUAUGCAAAGUAUUUUACAGAUAUGACUUUGGAAGAAUUCGAAGAGUUUAUUAUAAUUAGUAAAUUAAAAAAUCAAAAUGCAGAAGAUGAAUUACUUGAUCUUUUAGGUUGUGAAUCUAUAGAAUUUAUACAAUACAUUAUUGAACAUCGAAAAAGUAUUAUAGCUUUGAGUUCUGAUUCAAAGGUACAAAAAAAGUGUAAUACCCAAAGACCUCUGAUUAGUGGACAAGUGACUAUACAGUCUGAGAAAGAAAAACAGCUACUGAAACAAGUACGAAAGAAGGAAAAGAAAUUAAAUAAAAUAUCAAAUAAACGAGAAAAAAGAGGAGAAUCUGAAGAAAAUAGUUUUGAAUCAUUAGAAUUAUCCUUAAAAAAGAAUGAAGCAUUAAUAGAAAUGCAUACACCCAUAUUUGAAAAAAACGUUACAGACAGAAAUACGCGAGAAAAUAUUCCCUUUGUAUUUGACUCCAAUAUAUCCAGUAGAACAACAGCUGGUUAUGUAUCGAAACAACAAAUAAUGUUACCACAGAAUGCAGUAAGAAAAGAUACAGAAAUGUUUGAGGAAGUUUCUAUACCCCCUCCAGAGUCUCAACUAAUUGAUGUAAAUUACAAACCUGUUAUGAUAGAUUCCUUAGAUGAUACUGGACAAAUGGCUUUUAGUGGUAUUAAAUCAUUAAAUAUAAUACAAAGUAUAGUAUUUGAUGCGGCAUAUCAUACUAAUGAGAAUUUAUUAAUUUCUGCUCCAACGGGUGCUGGAAAGACCAAUGUUGCUAUGUUAACUAUAGUACAUCAAAUAAAGCAACAUAUUGAACAUGGUCAAUUAAUGAAAAAUCAAUUUAAAAUAAUUUAUGUAACCCCAAUGAAAGCUUUAGCAGCUGAAAUGACAGCAAAUUUUAGUAAAAAACUUCAAUGUCUUGGUAUAUCCGUUCGUGAAUUAACUGGAGAUAUACAAUUGACUAAAUCAGAAAUUCAACAAACGCAAAUGAUCGUUACUACGCCAGAAAAAUGGGACGUUGUUACUAGAAAAGGUACUGGAGAUAUAUCUCUUACUAGUAUUGUAAAAUUAUUAAUUAUCGAUGAAGUGCAUUUGUUACAUGGUGAUAGAGGGCCUGUAGUUGAAGCAUUAGUUGCUCGAACAUUAAGACAAGUAGAAUCAUCACAAAGCAUGAUAAGAAUUGUUGGACUUUCUGCAACUUUACCAAAUUAUCUAGAUGUUGCAAGAUUUUUAAGAGUGAAUCCACAUGUAGGACUCUUUUAUUUUGAUCAUCGAUUUCGACCAGUACCCCUUAGUCAAACAUUUAUUGGUGUAAAAGCUACAUCACCGUUGCAGGAAAUAAAUUAUAUGGAUCAAGUAUGUUACAAUAAUGUUAUAGAUAUGGUAUCUAAAGGACAUCAAGUAAUGGUAUUUGUACAUGCACGAAAUGCUACUGUUAAAGUGGCACAGACAUUAAAAGAAUUAGCGAUGAAAGAUGGUACACUUAAAUUAUUUAUACCUGAAGGUCAAGCAAAAUUUACAAAUAAAGCGUUUGCUAAAUCACGCAACAGGUAUCUAAUUGAAUUAUUUAGCAGCGGAUUAUCGGUACAUCACGCUGGUUUAUUACGUUCAGAAAGAAAUUUGGUUGAAAAGUAUUUUGCAGAAGGUUUAAUUAAGGUAUUAGUAUGCACGUCAACAUUAGCUUGGGGUGUAAAUUUACCUGCACAUGCAGUUAUUAUAAGAGGAACAGAAAUAUAUGAUGCAAAACAUGGCUCGUAUAUCGAUCUAGAUAUAUUAGAUGUUUUACAAAUCUUUGGUCGUGCUGGUAGACCACAAUUUGAUGUAUCUGGUCACGCUACUAUUAUUACUUCUCAUAAUAAAUUAUAUCACUAUUUAUCAUUAUUAACAAACCAAAUACCUAUUGAGAGUAGUUUUAUUAAAUAUUUGGCUGAUAAUUUGAAUGCUGAAAUUGCAUUAGGUACAAUAUCUAAUGUAGAAGAAGCUAUAAAAUGGCUAAGUUAUACUUAUUUAUUUGUUCGAAUGAAGUUAAACUACCAUGUUUAUGGAAUUCUUCCUCAAGUUAUUAUAGAUGAUCCGAAUCUAGAACAAAAAAGGAAAGAGUUAAUUGAUAUAGCAGCUAAAGCAUUAGAUGAAGCUAAAAUGAUUCGAUAUAAUAUAAGUACAGGAGAUUUGAGUACAACAAAUCUAGGACGUAUUGCAAGUCACUUUUAUCUUAAAUAUGAUACUAUUGAAAUUUUUAAUAGACUUACAAAACCAAUUAUGAGUGAAGCAGAAAUACUUGCUAUGAUAUCUCAAUCUCAAGAAUUUGGACAAUUGAAAGUACGAGAGGAUGAAAUGAACGAAUUGCAAAAGUUGAUUCAACAAUAUUGCGAACUUAACGUUCAAGGCGGUGUAGAAAAUAUACAUGGGAAAGUGAAUAUUCUAUUGCAAACGUACUUAUCACAUGGUCGAGUUAAUUCAUUUUCAUUGAUAUCGGAUCAAGCAUAUAUUGUGCAAAAUGCAGGACGCAUAUGUCGAGCAUUGUUUAAUAUUAUGCUAGGACAAAAUCGUGCAACGAUGGCUGGUCGUUUAUUAGAAAUGGCAAAGGUAAUUGAAGUGCAACAAUGGAGUUUUAAAAAUCCUCUCUGUCAGUUUCAUUGUUUAUCUCCAGAAAUUAUUAAUAAAAUAGAAGAAAACGAUUUGACAAUUGAUAGAUUAAAUAAUAUGAAUGUUAAAGAAAUUGGAGAUAUUUUGUAUAAUCAGAAAGUAGCAGCAUUGGUGAAGAAAUGUUGUGAAGAAUUACCUGCAUUAGAAAUGGAAUCAAAUUUACAACCUAUUACUCGCACAGUUUUAAGAAUACGUUUAAAAAUAUAUCCUCAAUUUCGAUGGAAUGACAGUGUUCAUGGUAAAGCUUCAGAACCAUUUUGGAUAUGGAUAGAAGAUCCAGACAGUGAUUUUAUUUAUCAUCAUGAAUGCUUUAAUAUGACAAGAAAGAUGGUUUGCAAUAAACUUGAACAAGAGCUUGUGAUGACUAUACCAUUACAAGAACCAUUACCUUCUCAAUAUAUAGUAAGGGCAACAAGUGAUCGCUGGUUAGGUUGUCAAAAUAUGCUACCUCUAACAUUUCAUGAUUUAAUUUUACCUGAAAUAUAUCCACCACAUACUAAUUUGUUAGAGUUACAACCAUUACCUGUAAAAGCAUUAAAAGAUCCACUAUUUGAAAAGCUUUAUAAAUUCUCUCAUUUUAAUCCAAUACAAACACAAAUUUUUCAUUGUUUAUAUCAUACAGACAAUAAUGUCCUGUUAGGAGCUCCAACUGGUUCAGGGAAAACAAUUGCUGCAGAAAUUGCUAUAUUUAGAGUAUUUAAGCAAUAUCCAACGCAGAAGAUUGUAUACAUUGCACCAUUAAAAGCUUUAGUUAGAGAACGAAUAAAGGAUUGGAAAGUUAGACUUGAAGAACAACUAGGAAGACAAGUGGUAGAACUAACUGGAGAUGUAUCACCAGAUAUUAAAGUUAUAGCAAGUGCGAGCGUUAUUGUAACUACACCAGAAAAGUGGGAUGGUAUUAGUAGAAGUUGGCAAACAAGAGCUUAUGUCAAGGAUGUUGCUCUUAUUAUUAUAGACGAAAUUCACUUAUUAGGAGAAGAUCGUGGUCCUGUAUUGGAAGUUAUUAUUUCAAGAACUAAUUUUAUCUCUAGUCAUACCUCAAAAAAAUUAAGAGUUAUUGGACUUUCUACAGCAUUAGCUAAUGCAGUGGAUUUAGCUAAUUGGCUUGGUAUCAAAGAAAUGGGGCUUUACAAUUUUCGUCCGUCUGUACGACCUGUACCGUUAGCAAUUCAUAUACACGGGUUCCCAGGGAAAAAUUAUUGUCCUCGAAUGGCAACAAUGAAUAGACCAACUUUUCAAGCGAUUAAACAGCAUGCACCAUCUAGUCCAUCCUUAGUGUUUGUUUCAUCACGCAGACAAACACGUUUAACUGCACUAGAUUUAAUUGCAUACCUUGCGGCAGAAGAUAAUCCUAAACAAUGGUUACAUAUGUGUGAGGAAGAAAUGAACACUAUUCUAAAUCACGUACGAGACUCAAACUUAAAACUUACACUUGCAUUUGGAAUUGGACUUCACCAUGCUGGUCUUCAAGAUAGAGAUAGAAUGAUUGUUGAAGAAUUAUUUGUGAACAAUAAAAUUCAGGUGUUGAUUACAACAGCUACUUUAGCUUGGGGUGUCAAUUUUCCUGCUCACUUGGUUGUAAUAAAAGGAACAGAAUAUUAUGAUGGUAAACAACACCGUUAUGUAGACAUGCCUAUUACAGAUGUACUUCAAAUGAUAGGACGUGCAGGCAGACCCCAAUUUGAUACUGCAGGAGUGGCAGUGGUUUUAGUGCAUGACUUAAAAAAAAAUUUUUAUAAGAGGUUUCUACAUCAACCAUUCCCAGUAGAAUCAAGUUUACUAGCUGUUUUACCAGAUCAUAUAAAUGCUGAAAUUGUGGCUGGUACAAUUAAAAACAAACAAGAAUUAUUAGAUUAUUUAACCUGGACGUAUUUUUUUAGAAGAUUAAUGAAAAAUCCUAGAUAUUAUGAUCUAAAUGCUUUAGAACCUAAUACAAUUAAUCAGUACUUAUCUUCUUUGGUGGACAGUACAUUAAAAGUGUUGAUAAAUUCACAUUGUGUGAUAUUUGACCAGGAAGAACAAAUUUUAUAUCCACAAUCAAUGGGUAAAAUAGCAUCAUUUUAUUAUUUAUCACAUCAUACUAUGUUAAUGUUUGAGGAAUCGUUACAAGAAUUUCUAACAUUAGAACAAUGUUUACAUAUUUUAUGUAAUUCUUAUGAAUAUAAUGAACUACCAGUAAGGCAUGACGAAGAAUUAUUAAAUGAGGAAUUAAGCAAAAUGUGUCGUUACCAAGUAGAUAAUUACUCAUAUGGUUCUCCACAUACAAAAGCAUUUUUAUUACUUCAAGCACAUUUUUCAAGACUUCCUUUGCCAUGUGUAGAUUAUAUUACUGAUUUAAAAUCAGUACUUGAUCAGUCAAUUAGGAUUAUUCAAGCAAUGAUAGAUACAGUUGCAGAACAUGGAUGGUUAGCAAGCGCACUUAUGAUAAUGAAUUUGCUUCAGAUGCUUAUUCAAGCUCGAUGGAUUGAUGAAUUUGCAAUUACUACACUGCCACAUGUAAAUUCAGAACAUAUACAAUUAUUUUCGGCGUUGUCAUCAUGUCUUCCAAAAUUGUGCUUUAUUAUGCGCAACAAAUAUAGUACACUUGUAGAGGUGCUUGGUAAAGACUUUCAAGAAGAGCAAAUAUUUCAAAUACAUCAAGUAAUGAAAGAGAUGCCAAUGCUUCAUGUCGAGUUAAGUAUAGAAAUGCACGAUGAAGAACAGAGAAACCAGAAGAUGAUAUCGCUAAAGACUGACAAUUCCGAUCAUAUAAAUAUUUGCAAAGAUCAAGAUUAUAUACUAAAUAUUACAAUGAAAAGAAAAAAUAAGUCUAAUAACUUGAAAGCACACUGCCCUUUGUUCCAAAAAGGAAAGGAUGAAGGUUGGUUUCUGGUUUUAGGUAAUACUUCUAACCUAGAAUUAUUAGCUCUAAAACGAGCAUCUGGAAUAAAUGAACAACGCAAAUAUUAUCAAUUACAAUUCACAGCACCAUCAAAUCUAGGACAAACAACUCUAGUGUUUUAUUUGAUAUCCGAUUGUUACAUAGGACUGGAUCAAGAAUACAAUAUAAAACUAAAUAUAAUAUCUUAAAAUAUAAAUUUUAUUCCACUUA